AUGCCUUCGGCUUCCCCCUCUCCCAUCAAACGGCCCUCGCUAAACGAACGCACCUCUUCUACCCAUUCCCUGAGUUCCUCGGGCAGACAGACCACCACCGCCCACAAAGUCCACCGGCCUCACGUCGUCAGUCGCCAUUCAAGGAAUGUCUCUCAUGGCAAAGGGCUUAGUAAAUUGGGCAAGGUCCAGUCCACGGCCAGCAUUACUUCAGACUACCAAACUCAUCAGCGGAAAAAGUCAGGAGACACCUUGCCUCCCCACAGUCCGAAGACGCCUCUGGUAAAACGCAACAGCUCCCAUGUUGCCUUGGUCAAGAAUACCUCCUUCGGCAACCUGCGCAAAAACCAAUCCGCUAACGCGCUGCCACGAAACGCCUCUCACGGAGCUCUGAAAAAGGUUGGACUGACGCCGGCAGUAAGAAAAAAGAGCAAGGAGGAGAAAGACGGCGUGUUCCAGCUUGGGGAUCGAUCUUCAGACGAUGAAGAAGAGGGUGAAUGGGAGGAUUCAACCACGCAGUCUCCCGAACUCACGCGCAAUAACUCGAAGAAUAACUCGAAGACAUCUACGCCUCCGCGACCACAUACGCCGAACGAAGAUGCAGCUCCUCGACACCCUUCAGAAGCGGACGUCAGCCGUCCCGAAAAGAGCUCCUCGCCUCCCCAAGCAUCCUUAAAGACCAAGAACCGGUCUGCGCCUAAUCUCAAGAAUGAGCCGGUUAUGUCGCAGGUGCAGAACAUGCCUGACCCUGCGCUUCUACAACAAUAUCCUCGUUCUUCUCGGGCCCCUCCGGCAAUGUCAACGGUUUCUGCGCAUGUUGGACCGAGCCAGCUGGUGCGCAAUGACUCAUCCAGGUCCUUCACCCACAUCUCUCACGCCGACGUCACUUCGUCAACGGCCAACACCGGUCACACCGGCCUUACUCCUGCGUCUUCGAAGCUCACGCCUGCCUCAUCCGGCGCCGUGUCUGGUCCCAUUCUGGUGUCCUCGUCUGUAGAAGGGGGUGUUUCGCAUUUCCUGCCGACAGACACUCCAGCCGGCUCUGUCCACCAAAUUGCAGACGACUCCGAUGAAGACUCGCCGUCGAAUUUCCUCUCCAACUACAAGCCACAAGUGUCGGAAUCUCCGGAGAAGACCAAGACCCUUCACAGAGCCAGGAUAUCCCAGAAUCCGUCCAGGACGCAGCAGAAGCUAGAGCUUCAGAGAAGGGAGAUCAUGAGAGCAGGGGCUGCGACACCCACAACCCCUCCCCCAGCUGGAAUGGGAAUGCCUCUAGGUUCUGGGACGACGUUACACGGCCGCGCGGGGUCCAGAAACAGGAAUCGAUCUCUAGCCGGGGAGAUGAAAGCCGCGAAGCAGGAUUAUGAAAGUGCCGUCAAACAGUUGAUGGUGGUUAGGAGGUUCCGGAGUCCACUAAUCGAAAGCAUCAACCGGCUCAAAGAGCAAAAUUCGCUGCCACAAGACAUUGGUUCCGUCACCUCGAGCGGCGCAUUCGCCAAGAGCAGACCACAAAGUCGGCGUGGACCCAGUACCACUAGUGUGAAUGGGCAGGCGAGGAGUGGUAUCAGCCGGAGCUUCGAAGACCCCAAGCCGUCACCAUUGUUGUCACGCUCCAAUAGCAGCCGCCACCCGGGUAGAGUCCAUUUCCAGCGGCAGAGGAGCCAUGACGAUAUCGAGGUGACGCCGUCGCAAGGUAAUCUCGAUGGUGCUCAGGACGACGAGCACUUUGGGCUUUCACCAGAAGAGGCGCUGAUACGGCGCAUUUGGGACAGCCGGGAAGUUUAUGAUGCUGGGGAACCUGGAUCAUCGUGA